GGGAAAUUCCUGCUGCUGCCAAGGACUAUUGGUCUAUAAAAUGUUCCUGCUUCAGCCUUCCACUGUUCUCUGCAGAGCACAUCGAAGCCGAGGCAGAGCAGCAGCAGCUGGGGUGGACAUGAAGGGCAUCGCCAUAGCCUUCGCUGUGCUAAUCUGUGCUACAGCUGUCCAAGGCUUCACUAUGUUCAGAGCGGGGCGCUGUCUUUGUAUAGACCCUGGAGUGAAAGCCGUCAGGAUGGCAGAUAUCGAGAGAGUCUCCAUAAUCUACCCGACUAGAGGCUGUGCCAAAGUCGAAGUGAUUGUUACCCUGAAAGCCAAUAAAGGAGAAACGUGCCUGAACCCCAAAUCAAAGCAAGCACACAUCAUACAACAGGCAAUAGAAAGAAAAAGUUCUUUAAAGCGCCAAAACCAUGUGAAGUCCUAAAGAAAAGGAGGGACUGGAAACCUGAAGUGUCUGUGACUACUCAAACAUGAACUGUGAGACAAACAACCCAACCUUCUGUCUCAGAAUAUACACCCAUAAAUUACCAGGCUGCAAAACCUUCUAGGAAGUUUGAUAUGCCUAACUAUUCUGCUUGGCUAUAGAAAUAUUUAUCUCUAAAAGUCACAUGUCUGCAUGGGUGCGCAUUCCACGUUACCUUCUGUGGUUACAAUGGACUCACUGUUACUGGAGCCCAGACCAGUACUGGACUCAAAAGCAUCUGUGUGUGUAGUAAGGCAUUCCUUAAAGGAUUUUUCAUACAAAUAAGCAUUCCUUUCCCCCAAAUAUCCCAAGGCACAUAAGCAUCUAGGAGAAAGUUUCCAUGUAGAAUCUUGUUUGUUCAUUCACGGGAUGUACUGCAGACAAUUCUGGAAAGAACCCUAAUGCUGCCUUAGUAACAUUGGUUUCCCCCAAAGUGUUCUAAAGAAGUGAAGAUGUACAUUUCUUUUUAUCUACUUUAUCACUUACAAUAGUCUGGAUACAUUUUAAACAUAAAUUGCUUUUGUUCACCAAAGAAAAAUAUUGAAAAAAAACCUAUGCAUAUCUAUCAAUCUGUUCUUUUUGAUUCUGUUUCCAAGAAAAAUAUAUACUUUGGACAUUUCCUUUGUCAUACUGUGAAUGGUAGGGACAGCUAAAACUGGCAUUCUUUAAAAAGAAUAAAACUCGUGUUUUUCUAGUCA